AUGUCAAUUGCAGACGAGAUGGUAGUACUUCAGAAGCAACUUGCCCAACUCCAAUCCAAGCUCAAAGCUCUCGAGUCGCGAUUAGAACAGGAGGUGUCAGCCCGAAUCGCAACGAUAAAGGAUAAUUCUAUCAUUAACGAUGUUCAUUCGACAAGUCCUCCCUAUCCUUCGGUCAAAUCAUCUGCAAGUACACAGAAAUCAACUAGGUCAGCUCAAAGUCGAGAUCCAAGGACGUUACGAAGCCGCUCGUUCAAGGUGAUGCGGCAUCUCAUAAACAUCGUCGAUGUCUCACGAGCUGCAAGCGCAGCCAGCGAGCUUGAGAAGAAGGGUACCACAAUAGAUAGCUCGCGCGAUCCGAUUGCCUCUGUUUCAUCAGUGACCGAGUUGAAAUCCUCAGCGAAGCCGACAGAAGCAACGAACUCGCCAACAACCAAGUUGAAAGCCUCAGUGAAGCCAAAAAAAGCAACAAACUCGCCAUCGAAGGGGCCGUCAGCUCUAUUGAGUAGUCAAAAGAAAUCUUGUGUCUCGUCUCUCUCGCUUCAGCCUUUGAUAGAUUCCCAACCACCGGUCACCCCGAUAUCGAUCAAGAAGCGUCUUACACCACCUAAAAACCCAAAAACUAUUCCCAGUACAAGCUCUUCAACCCCCCGUCGAUUGCAUCCUACACAGCCUCGCCGAGUUAAGCUAUUAAACGACUUGCCCAGCACACACGAAGAAUCUGACUGCAAAAAGUCCCAAUAUACAUCUGAAGUUAUUGAGUACAAUGAACUCCGACAUGGCUGCGGACGAUUUUCUCUCCUCAAGUACGAUCCCGCUGUACUAGACCUCCUACCAGCAUCGGUCAGAGACAGAAGAUUUGUGGAGACAAAGACGGUGACUGAUGUAGAAAACUUACCGCAAGCAUCGGCAAACUUAGUUAGAAGACAGGUUCUUGGUAUUUGGGAAUGGAAAGCAGGUACCUCAAGAGCUACACUUCACGAAUACAAGACACCUGAACUUGGGACUACUAUAAGCAACAGAAGAUUUAAGUUUGUUGGAUUUGCAUGGAAAGGUGCUUUAGGACAACAGCCCCCAAGAAUAGAAGAGCUUCAUGAAGACAUCUCGCAAGGCGCCGACACUCUCAGAUGGUAUUGGUUCAAGGAUCUCUGGUUACUUUUUUACUUUGAUUAA